GCUGGCAGGCAGCCUGCGAUGGGGCCCUGCUCAGAAGACACCCCCCUCUGCUGGGCCUCCUGGAUCCUGGGCUUCAGCAGCCUCCUCCUCAGUGUCUGCAGCAUUGGGGUCAAAAGUUCUGUAGCACAUGGUGCUGGAGUUCAGGAUUCUGGAGUCCACGUUCCUUUGAAGGAGAUCCAAGGAGGGUCUGUGUUGUUUCAUGUGAUCAAGGAACCAGGAACCAAGCUGGAGGAGAUCUCGUGGGGCUUUGGCCCUGACGUAAAUUACACAGUCAUCCUGCGAGUCCAUAAUGGGUUGGAAGAGACUCCAACCUGGGUCUGCUUUGACGACAAGUACAAGCAUAGGGUCCACGUGCCCAAUAUGACAUCCCUGAGGAUUGAGAACUUGACGCGUGGUGACAGUGGGCAGUACCGGGCUCGAGCCAUCUUAACUGGGGGAAUGGAAUCUAACCAGAUUUUCUACCUCACUGUCUAUGAACCUGUGCCCCUUCCCCAGAUCCUGGUCCAGUCACUGUCCAUCACACCACGCUGGUGCAGCGUCAUCUUAGAGUGCAGGGCUGCUGGGGUCACAGAGGACCUGAAUGUGACCUGGGAAAGCAAAGGCCUCCCCAGGGAGCUGGAGCAGAAAGGGACACCAGGACCAGCCCCCAAUUCCUGGACCCUGGCUGUUAAUCUGCCUCUGCACCAGCCCAGUGCCAGCCUCACCUGUGUGGUCAGCAACUCCGAGGACCAGAAAACUGUCACCUCAGCCCUUGGGGAGGUCUGUGCCCACGAUUCACAUGGACAAGCCAUUGCUGGCCCCCUACGAGCCAUCCUAGGGACCAUCGUGGCCGUGCUGUUGAUCCUCGGGGCUGGACUGUGCCUUUGGAAGACACUGGGAGGAAGACGACAGAGACUGCAAGAGGGUCUAGAUGAAUGACAUCUAGAAGAAAGGAGCCUUUUACUACUGUCUGCAGUGAGGUCCAGAAGCCAGACCAGACCAUGAAGAUAAUUUAAUUGGAGAAAGCAUUCCUAGGACACCUCCAUGCUGAGUUUGAUCCCUGCAGAAACCUGCCUCUUCCAGCUCUGGUCCAGCUUCUUCUGCCUCUGGUCUGUGUUACUCUGCCCUUUGUGUUCUCAACUCCCUGGGCACAUGUGGCCAUGCCACUUCCUUUUCCACCUCCACAAGCUACCCUCCUACUCAGGACCCUCACUCCUGCAGGACAAGUGUUCAUUCCCUGUCAUUGACUCGGCUCCUGACCCCUCUCCUCCUGAAGCUUCCCAAAGGAGACCCUCCUGAUGGUGCUUGUUAAUCCCCAUAACCUCUACUGUGUGUCCUUCUGAGAACAUGAGCCCAAGUGCAGAGACUCUGUAGAGGUGUUGACCAUGCUACAAAGGAGGGAGUGAAGGCCUUGGUGCUGGCUGGGUUGGGGGGUCAAUGGAAGCAGCAUGGGUGGGUGGGAGCCCACAAAGGGACUGGCCCGAGGCUUCCUCUGCAGCUUGUGGAGGGCUCCCUUGGGGGAGUUGGGCAGUGUGUGUGUGUGUUGGGGGGAGUGUCUAGUGUACAUUAUAUACUGGCCAGAGCCCUUGUUCUUGGCCACCUGUGCUAACCUGGACCUCGGCCUCAGCGUCAGCCCAUGGGUCCCAAACCCACUUCCCUGUGGAGCGGGAAGAGGAAUUGUUACUAUUUCAUGCCCUUUCAAGUGUUCUGUUUCUCAGAAAAUGACUCCAGAGGCCCAAAGUUGGGAGUGGCAUUCUUCAGAAAAUAGCUUCUGCUCUUCCCCUGUCUUGGAUAGGGGCACUUGGUGGUUAGAAUGGAUGAGCAGUGUCCUCCCACCCUCCUUGGUGGGGCUGCUGUGGGGUGUGAGGGGUGAAGCUUGUGGGAAGGUCAAAACUAGCCCUCUCCAGACUCUUCUGCUGAUCCUCAGCCCCCCACAACUGUGCUGGCCUCAGCCCCUAGGUCAGUCCCUCUUUGCUCACUGACAUCCCUGUGUCUAGAAUGACCGUUCCCUCUCCCUGUUCCUUGCUCCCAUCCCUGUCUGUUGAAAUAUUACCAUGCUACCUGAAACCUCCUUCCAAGUUACAUGUUCCAUGGAUCCUGUCUGGUUCCAAAGAUUUGGAAAUGAUUUCUCCAACAUCUGACUUUUUCAAAUGCUUUGGACAUAACUAAGGCCACUGCUACAGUCUGUCCUGGAUUAGUCAUGAGUCUUCUCUGCUGGACUAACCUGGGGCUCCCCCAGGAGGGUGUCGGGGCUGUAGGAGGCCAGGACCAAGAAGACAAGUACCUGUCUCUGUGAAGGGUCUGGGCCACCCUUCCUCCCACGGGAGCUCAGCAGACUGAGACCAAGAGCACAGAGGCUGCCGCAGGUCUUUCUGGUGCUGGGUCCAUGUGGAAGCGAGGAUGGACAUGAUGAACUCCCAUGACCCUGUCGAUGAGCUCUCAUGACUCCCUGGCCCAGAGAUCUGAGGUGAGGAUUCCCCACCCAAGCUCCAACCUCACAUUGCCUGAGGACCUGAUGCAGCCUGCACUGUGGUGUAUGGGAGCUUCUCCCCUCCAUGGGGUUGCUCACCUCUUCAAAGCCUCUGCCUCCUGCCUUGGAUCUCAGCUCUUUGGUCAGAGAUGUACUCACUGGUACUAUGAUCUCUGGUACCUGAUCUGCUGGCCUAGAUUCCUGGGUCUCUUGGUUCCCCUCCCUGUAAGCUCAGCUGAGCUGCUUCAUCCCUGACCUCAAAACAAAGUUUUGAGCUACAGGCUUGAGCAUUAUGAAGCAAUGCUAGGAGCCUGCUGGAUGGUGCGUGGAUAAGGGAGGAGUAGGGGGAUCCAUAAAAAGACUGUUUCUGACCUCUUUUCCCUCAGGCUGAGCAGAAAGCUGACAGAGAAAAAGAUGACAUUGUGGGGGACUGGAAUUGGCCACCCCAAGAUAUAUCUCUUUGGCAUUUGGAUUAUUUUGGGCUGGUUACU